AUGUCUCUACGAACAAGGCCGUCAAACUAUGAGAAUUUUGAUGUGUCUUUCCCGCAUGAGCGGGUUGUCCAGGUCACAAUCAACCGACCAGAUAAGUUAAAUUGCAUCGACAAAGCUACAAGUCGGGCGAUCGCAGAUAUCUGGGAUCAAUUCGACCAAGAUGAAAGUUUAUGGGUGGCUAUCAUCACAGGCAAGGGCAGGGCAUUCUGCACCGGAGCCGAUCUAGGAGAAUGGAACGCGAUGAACAAGGCCGGAGUGGUAAAUGACAUGUCCGCACCCGGUCUCGCAGGGCUACCUCGCAGGGGUGGCAAGAAGCCGAUCAUCGCUGCAGUGAAUGGCAUCUGUAUGGGUGGAGGCUUCGAGAUGAUAGCCAAUUGCGACCUCAUCGUGGCUGCAUCCUCCGCUAUCUUCUCUCUUCCGGAGGUCAAGCGAGGUAUUGUGCCUGUGGCCGGUUGCUUGCCGCGACUGACCCGCACCAUCGGCCUUCAACGCACGAUGGACCUCGUGCUUACCGGCAGGAACGUGGACGCCACCACUCUCCACGAAUGGGGCCUUGUGAGUCGAGUGGUGGACUCGCCUGCGGAUGUUGUCCGUGCGGCCCUGGAUAUUGCAGAAGUCAUGUGUAAAAACAGCCCGGAUGCGCUAAUUGUUGGUCGCAUGGGAGUUCGCAUGAGCUGGGAAGCUGGCAGCGUGGAGGAUACUGUCUCAAGUCUGGCGGAUGAGUGGUAUCCUCGGCUAGUAGGUGGUCCUAACUUCGCCGAAGGGAUCCAGGCAUUUGUGGAGAAACGGUCUCCAAGCUGGCGGAACUCGAAGCUAUGA